GCGGCCUGUAGUUCCCGGCGGCCCUCGCGGCAGGCUGAGGGCGUCGGGGCAGUUCGCAAUGGCCGCGGCUGGUUCCGCUGCCGUGUCAGGGGCCGGGACCCCAGUUGCGGGGCCCACGGGCCGCGACCUCUUUGCCGAGGGGCUGCUGGAGUUCCUGCGACCCGCUGUGCAGCAGCUCGACUCCCACGUGCACGCGGUCAGAGAAAGCCAAGUCGAGCUCCGGGAACAAAUUGACAACCUAGCUACAGAACUGUGCCGGAUCAAUGAGGACCAGAAGGUGGCCCUGGAUCUGGACCCCUAUGUUAAGAAGCUGCUUAAUGCCAGGCGACGAGUUGUCUUGGUCAACAAUAUUUUACAGAAUGCACAGGAACGGCUAAGGCGGUUAAACCACAGUGUGGCCAAGGAAACAGCUCGCAGGAGAGCCAUGCUGGAUUCAGGAGUGUACCCUCCUGGUUCUCCAAGCAAGUAAGCACGGGCCUGCGACCUGAGAAUACAAGUGCUGUUCUCCGCCGGCGCUGUCUGGUAGACAUGAGAAGAUUGCAGCAGUCUCUGUAGACCUUUGAGUUGUUUGCACUAUGUACUCAUUGACGUAGCAGCCUCAAGAAACAUGCACACAGCGGGACUAUUUCCUAAAGAGCCUCCAUUACAGCUUGUCCUGCCAAGAA